CCGGUGUCCUGCCCAGGACGGCGUGUGCGCAGCCAGAGCCCCGACACCUUCCCAGCGGACACAGGUCCCAUAAAUCCCCCAGCCUGGGACGGACGGGGCAGCAGUGCCCAGCACCCUGCGGAGGCUUCUCAAGUCGCAGCUCCUGGCCGGUGGUGCGAGGGAGGCUCUUCUGCCUCGCUGGCCCCACACACGCAGGGCCGCUGGAGGGGAUGGACUAUUCCUAUGAUGAGGACCUGGACGAGCUAUGUCCGGUCUGUGGGGACAAGGUCUCCGGGUACCACUACGGGCUGCUCACCUGCGAGAGCUGCAAGCGGCGAAUUCGCGCUCGGCGGCGGGACGGGAACGCGGCAGCGACGGGAGCCCCGAGCGCGGCGGGGGCGGCGGGACGGGUGCCGGUGCCGGAAUGCCGGUGCCGGUGCUCGACGCAUCGCCGCCGCCGCAGGGCUUCUUCAAGCGGACGGUUCAGAACAACAAGCACUACACCUGCACCGAGAGCCAGAACUGCAAGAUCGACAAGACCCAGCGCAAGCGCUGCCCCUACUGCCGCUUCCAGAAGUGCCUCACGGUGGGGAUGCGCCUGGAAGCCGUGCGUGCCGACAGGAUGCGCGGAGGGAGGAACAAGUUUGGACCCAUGUACAAGCGGGACCGUGCCUUAAAGCAGCAGAAGAAAGCUCUGAUCCGUGCCAAUGGCUUCAAGCUGGAGACCGUGCCUCAGAUCAUGUCCCCAGUGCAGAACGACUACAGCCUGUCCUCCACCAUCCACAGCAUCCACGCCAUGUCCAAGACCUUGCCGCCCAACCCUGCUGCCCUGACACCCGUUGACUACGAGCGCAGCCCCUACGGGACGCCCUCCCUGGGAAUGACUGUGCCCAGCCACGUACCGCUCGGCAGCUACCACUACCCCUCCUUCCCCAACCGCACCAUCAAGUCUGAGUACCCGGACCACUACACAAAUGCACACGAGUCUGCACCAGCCUAUGUGUACCCAGAGACCUACCCCAGCAGCUCCCCCCCUGACAUCCCCGACGUCAUCCUGAAGCUGCUGCAGCUGGAGCCUGACGAGGCGCAGGUGAAGGCGCGGAUCCUGGGCUGCCUGCAGCAAGAGCAGGGCAAAGGCCGGCACGAGAAGCUCAGCACCUUCGGCCUCAUGUGCAAGAUGGCUGACCAGACCCUCUUCUCCAUCGUGGAGUGGGCACGGAGCUGCAUCUUCUUUAAGGAGCUGGAGGUGGGUGACCAGAUGAAGCUGCUGCAGAACUGCUGGAGCGAGCUGCUGGUGUUCGACCAUGUCUACCGGCAGCUGCAGCACGGCAAGGAGCACAGCGUGCUGCUCGUCACCGGCCAGGAGGUGGACAUGUCGACCAUCGCGGCCCAGGCCGGCUCCAUCCUGAACUCACUGGUGCUGCGGGCGCAGGAGCUCGUCCUGCACUUGCACUCACUCCAGGUGGACCAGCAGGAAUUCGUCUGCCUCAAGUUCCUCAUCCUCUUCAGCCUCGACGUGAAGUACCUGCAGAACCAUGCGCUGGUUAAGGAAGCUCAGGAGACGGCCAACGCGGCGCUGCUGGAGUACACCGUCUGCCACUACCCCCACGCCACCGACAAGUUCCGGCAGCUGCUGCUGCGGCUGGCAGAGGUGCGGGCGCUGAGCAUGCAGGCGGAGGAGUACCUGUACCACAAGCACCUGAGCGGGGAGGUGCCCUGCAACAACCUCCUCAUCGAGAUGCUGCACGCCAAACGGACUUGAGCACAGCUGCCAGCAGCGUGGUGAGGCAGGACGCGUGCCCGGGGCUGGCGGGCCAGGGCUGCCUCUCCAACCCGCCUCUCUCAGUGAUGCUAUUUAACCUGUACUAUUGGAAAAGUCCAGAUGGUUUAUUUUACUACAUGGUAAGGACAGUUGAUGGCUGGGGGGCUGUGCACUCAGCUGCCAGACUGCCCCAUCAGCAGCGCUGCCCCUGCUCCUCUGCACAUGCAGUGCCUGACCUGUUGCCUGCCUGACCCGGCUCUGCAGCACGAAGGAAAGGUAAAGCCUGUCAUGGCUUUUCUUCUGUUUAUGCUCCUCUCCUGCUGCCCCUGCCAGCCGUUUCUCCACUGCUGCCAUCGCUCGCCCAACCCUGCCCCAUGUCUCAGGGCUCCUCGUGCACAGGGCAGGGGAAAGGUGAGGUGAACCCCCCAGGUGGUGGUUUUGCAGCAGUUGGGGUGUCCCCAGGCACUGUCACGGAGGCAGAAGACGGGGGCUGGGGAUGGUGGCACCGCACAGCUGUGCCAGGUCCCCGAGGAGCACGUGCUGGGUGCUGCCUGCUCUGCAUCCCGUUGCUGCCCGGCCAGGUGAGGGCAGGCAGGGAUGGGCAGUGCUGAGCCCUCAGCUGAGGUUCGUUUGCUCAGUGCUUUCUGGUGCUGGAGGCAGCAACCACGGCUUCGCAGCCUGCGGCAGCCGCGGUGCCCACUGCCCGUGGGUGUCCAUGUUCAGCCUGUCUCUGGGAUGUCAAAGCUUUGCUGCAGAGGCUGUAGGAGUUGUGGUAUCGGGAACAGGGGACUGUCUUGGGACAAUUUGGGCCAUGGCCCUGCCAGCACAACGUCCCUGCAGCUGGAAAGCUUUGCAGGUCAUGGUGCCCAGGUGGCAUCAGCACUGCGACUUGAGCUGGUACCUGAAGUGCGAGGACAGGGUGGCCCCAAGGUGGUGUCCCCAGGCAGUGCAGGUCCUGCCUCACUCCAGCCAUCAGCUGUACCCAGGCAGGGCCCACAGAGCAGCACGGGACCAGGAAUGGACUCGGUUCCCUCCUGCCCACAGGUGCUGGUGGCAGAGCAGGAGGGAGGGGCAGUGUCUGGCCUGUGCAGCAGCAGCAGGUCCAGGCUGCAAAGACCCCAAAGCUGCUCCCAUGCCAGCAUGUGCCCAGGGGCUUGUGGGAGCUUUGCAGCCCCCUUCUGCAUUUACCUGCCCGAGCGCAUGGGUGGAAUAAUAAGAAUUGCUCUGUGCUUCAUGCCAGGUCGGGCUGAGCCCCUGGAUCCCUGUCGUGCUCUGCGUGUCCCCAGGUGACAGCAAAUGCUGUGCUGAAGACACAAGCAAAGUGCUGGAGGUUCCUUGCCCAUUGUGGAACAGGGGCUCACAGACACGACAGGGCAGUGCUGGGGGGUGCAGUCCCCUGAGCUGGGACAUGCUGAACCGUCCCUGCUGCUUUCUCUCAGUCUCACGCUCUCCUCUUCUCCUGCCCCACCGGGCAGCCCCGCACGGCCCCGCGUGGCUGGGCUUGGGUCGGCUGUUCUCCGUGGCCGGUGUUUGCUCCUCAUUCUGCGCAGAGCUGGUGCCUUGAGGAGCUGCAGACACUGCGCCUGGAGCCGCACGGACUAUGGAAGCUUGUUAGAUGCAGAAGAGCAUGUUUGUCUCUGCUUUUCAACGUUUGUGCAUUUUCCUCCUGAAGUUUGUGGUUCAGUUUCACCUUCUUUUUGUGAACUUAAAGAACUGGAGAAAAUGGUUUUGGAGGUAAAAGAUAUUUUAUUUUCAGAAAAUGAAAAGUGUCCUUAAGUGUGUCUCUCUCUGUGACUCUCACAUCCUCUUCUCCCUCUCAUCCCUCCCCUUCCCACUCCCCACCCUGCAUUCCCAGGCAGGAGGUUACCAGCUUCCCUGUCAGGAGCAAACCACUGUAAUAAAUUUUGCAGUUCAGUUAAAAA